AAAUUGAUGAGAAGAAAACUAAACACCUGGCUGCUCUAAAUCACCAGGAAACUGAAAUCAAACAGAUUACUUCUGAGGUAAAACAGAGCAUACAUGAUCUGAAGGAAAUACUGGGCUCCAGCGAUGCCUCUCUAACCUUGGCAUACAAAUCAAGGAAUGCUGAAUUCAGAACUUUACCUCCUAAAGUCAAUGCUUCAUUACCAGGUUUCUCUCUUAAACAGAUCAAACAAACAAAUGUCCAUCAAAUGUUCGGUUCUCUGUCAGCAUUAUCCAUUACAACAGAUGAACAUGGCUACAUAAUGAAGACAAUAAAAGCUGUAUCCUGUCCUCCAGUCAAACCACUGCUUGAUGCACCAGAGAUCAUCACCACCAUCAACAUUGGAUAUACUCCGCUAUACCGUGUUACCUGUCUCAGUGACGAAGAAAUCUGGACACGUGCACGUGGAGGAGACAAAAACAUGAAACUCUACAACCUCCAAGGCAAACUACUGAAGUCAAUCCAAACCAAGUCAGGGAACAUACCACGUGACAUAGCGGUGACAAGGAGAGGAGAUCUAGUUUAUACUGACCCUGAUACAAGAACUGUAGACAAAGUAAAGAAUAAACAGAUAUAG